UGAAACAAAAUAGUCGAUUGUAUCUAAGGCAUCGAAGCUUCACUUCCAUUCCUAGUCAGUAGCAGAAAUAUUGUCCAUUAUAAGACGCUGAAAAUUGUAUCGUGUGAUAAUUGUGUAUUUCCAUAAAAUUUGAAACAUUUAUAUAAAUUACAACGUCUUGCAGUGAAACUUGUCAAUCUCUUCUCGAAGGAAAUUUGUUUAUUGGAGACGUUUAUCUUCGAACGACUGGCAGAUCUCUUCUUUGAAGACGUGUUCGGCUUGUUGGACAGGAUAAAACGUUCGCUAGAGGACUCGAAUUAUUUUGCAGUUCCGACAGUAAAAAGUUAAGGUUGUCAAUUUCUUCCAUCGCAAUCGUUUUCCUGGUACCCUUCUGCAACUACUUUUAGUAGAUUAAGCGCCUCUAAAUUCAAAAUGACAGCACCGGAUGUCAUAGAAGAGACUCUACUCAAUAACGAUGAGUUCUUUAGCCUCAUCCCACAUCUUGAGCUAGAAGAACUUUUAAUGAUUCAAAUAAAUAAGGAUGGAGCAUGGGAUUUUUUAUUUAAAGCUUCAUUUGAUAAGACGAAUGAACUAAAAACACUAACAUGUGUUGCGUGCGAUGAACUUUUGGAUUAUAAAAAAUUUAGCAUUCAUUUAAAACAAAAUUCACAUGAAUUGGCUAUGAAGAAUAUAAAACAAUUUUAUCAUCCUUAUUACACGAAUAAUGACGACGAGGAAAAAAAUGAAAAUGAUGCUGAUGCUGCUGCUGCUUUAGAAAAUGACAAGGAAAAUAAUAAAGAACAAGCUAACUCUUCGCCUUGUUCAGAUUCGAUUACCAUAUCUAAAUCAAAAUUAAUUGCUGAAAGUAUUCGAAAGUUUCAAGGUGAUUUAAAAUUGGAUAGCUUCAAAGAUCCUUUAUUGAAAACGGUUUUAACAAAAGAUGUUAUGAAUCCUGAGGAUUUUUUGGUAGAGGUAAAAUUGCCACUUGACGAUUUAUUAAAUCUGGAGUUCUGUGUAGAAAAAGACAAGUGGUUUCGAAUGGUAACCGUGAACAAAAUAGCACACACAAAGUUUUAUUGUGCUUUGUGCUCAAAGUUCUGCUUUGGUAUUAUUACCGUAGAAGACCAUUUGAAAGGAUAUACACAUAAAAAGGCACAAAUAGGAUGCAUUGGAAUUCGAAGCUCACGCUAUAAAGAUCUUACCAAAAAUUGCAUUUAUGGAUACGGCGAAGAAUUCGCUAUCAAAACAAAAAGGCAAUUAACAAAAUCCUUAGUAAAUAAGAACGAUGAGGUCAAGGAAGAAAACGAUGAUGAAAUCAAACAGGAACAAAUAGACAACCCCAAUGAGGAAACAAAACCCACUUUAGCUGCUGACAUAGCAGAAAAAGUUAAGAACAUAAAGGAAAAAAUGCAUUCACAAAGCAAGGAUAACGUGGAAGGUUUGAUAGGAGUAGAAUACGUUAUUAAGAUUUUAAAAACGCCGACAGACAAGUAUCCAAGGUAUGAAUGUUGCCUUUGCGAGACUGUCUUGAACGAAAAUCGGAUGCAAGGUCAUUUGACUGGAUACAAUCAUCGGCUUAAAUAUUGCGAACUGCAUUAUCCUGAUACUAUAGAAAAAUUUAAAGAUUUAAUUGGUCAUUGUAAAUAUAUGGAUUACUUCAAUGCAAUGAACUAUGCUCUAUCCAAAAUUGCCUCGGCAAUUGAGCAGCAUCAUGGUCGUAGCACUCCAUAUGUGGUUUCAUCAACUACGUUUACCAAAAUGCGGUCAGAAUUAAUUGCAGAAUUAUAUAGUUAUCCAAAUGCUUGUCAGCAACAUGGACCUUCAUUUAUAAACGUUAUCGAAAAACAGGAAAUCAAAAGUGUGGCUAGCGGUCAGACUGAUUACGUUGUUCAAAAUAAUAAUCAUGCUAGAUUCGUAGAAAGUCCAGAGGAUAAAAUGUAUUUACGAGUAUAUCGUAAAUGUCAUGAUCCCAAACUUAGAAAUGAAGAGAACUUUGUUGCUACUAGAAAAAGAAAGCGCUCAAAAUCUCCGCCUUCUAAAACAAAAUAUGCAAAAUCCAUGUCACGAUCACAGCCUCCUGUUUCGUCCAAGCAAUAUUCUCAGAAAUCAGCUAAAACAGUUAAUAGGUCUCCGCAUUAUGACGAUGAAGUAACUGUUACUAUCUCUGAGAUAGAACGCAUGUACAGGGAGUAUCGAAAAAAUCCUGAAAGCCAUCCGCUUUACGAUGAAGAAUGGAAUGAUUUUUGGAGGCAACGAAAGGAACAACUCAUUUCACAAGGAAUUGAUCAUCGAUCUUAUAACUAUCAACCAGAAUGGGUUAAAUAUUUUAAAACUCGAUUAGAGGAACUAUUUGAGAAGGAAUUAUAUGAUUCGCGAAUGGAAGUACGUGAUCGUUAUUCCAAUUAUGAAAACAAAUCUGUUACAAUUAAUAACUUAUCUAAUAAAAGCAAGAAUGUUCAUGGUGAACAUCCGUAUUCUCACUCUACACGUUCCAAUCAUUUGGAAGAAACAAAGGACGUAACGGAUGGUAAACCUACUGUAAUCCAUGUACUUCGUCUUUUAACAGCUUUAGAAGAAUAUCUUGGUAGUUUGGGAUCUAAAGUAAUGGAUUUACUUUCGAAAGCUUUAAUAUUUGAGAAAAAUUGUUCUAAUAGUAUCGAAUUAGAACAAAAAAUUUUGACAUAUGAAAAUUGCACUCUACUGGAAACAGCAGUCGAGAAGUUGAAAGGAAUAUUAUUCGCUGGUUUACUUGAUGAUAGUAAGAUACAAGGUUUUAAACGAAUUAUCGAAUAUACUUCAGAUUUAUUGAAAUAUGCCGAUAGAAUGGGAUGGCGCAAUUUGCAAUCACAGUUUUCUAAUAGAAACGAUAAGCCGGAGUAUCGAAAAAAUACAAAUGAUGCUUCACAAAAUAUUAAAAUCAACCCUAAUCAAAAGACACUUUCUGAUACACUAAUGGAUCUACUAGCAAUGCAAAAGAAUAAUAAUGAAAGUAUAUUGCCCGUCAAUAACAAUUCAAUGAAACCAUACUCUAAUGAAAGACGUGAAAUACCCAACUCAGAAGUCGGUCAGUAUUUUAUGAAUACCCAGCCAAAAAAUAGUUAUUGGCAAACUAUGGGAAGUAAUACAUCUGUCUUUCUUAACAAACCGCAAUUUAUGGAAAGAAAUUUGAAUGGAUCAUCAAUGGGUAAUCAUACAAAUAACUUAAAUAAGGCAUAUAACCAGCCACCAAUGGCAUAUAACCAACCAGCAAUGGCAUAUAACCAUCCAGCAAUGUUUCCUUCCAUGCAAAUGACCGGAAAUAGAUCUAAUUACAAUUAUAACCAGACGGGAGGAGUCAACAAUUUUCAUUAAAGGAUUUCUUUGGUAACGUAAGGGAAAUUAUCUAAUAUAGCAAUUUAUAUUUCAGAUGUAUUAAGUAAAUUUGCUGUUAUAAUAAAAUGUGUGAAGUCUUAAAAGAAA